GAAAGAAGCCAUCUUGGAGACGAUGGUUUGUUGAGGAGAAAGAAGAGCCAUAAGACGUUUAGAGCUUAUUUGAUUGACCAGAAAUUUGUUGUAUAGUUAAAAUGGCCGGUUCGUUAUCAGAGGUUCGAUUACAGCUACAAAAUGCCGAAAGUUCGAUACUGUUCAUGCAACAAGAACAUGCCAAAACAUUACAGGGAUUGUACUCCGAAAUCAGCAAAUUACAGAAAAAAUGCGGAGAAAUGACGUUCAAAUUGGCCAUGAACGCUACCAGUUCGCCAUCAAAUGAAAGUAGUACAUCUCAACAAACCAAAGAAAAUCAUGAUCUCAAUGAAUCAGUCAAGGCCUUAAAGGCUGAAAACAUCGACUUGAAGGCUAUUAUUGACACUGGUUAUAAAAGAAUUGUUGUGCUGGAAAACCAAGUGAAGGGAUUUGAGCAAAGAUACAAUCAUGAUAUCAAAGAAAGAGACUCUAGAAUAGCUUAUCUUACUAAAGAAUUCAAUACCAAAUCAGAUACCAUAGCUUAUCUUACUACCCAACUACACCAAGUCAAGUUAAAACAUGCUUCUAAACGAGCUAAAAAUACAACUAUAGGAGAGGUAACUGUGCCAUCUACCAUCACUGAUCCAGAAAUAAAAGAUCAUGGUCAUGCAGCACCUCCAUCUCCUCCUAUCACACCRUCUCCUCCAUCACAGGGUGCMCCCUCAAAAUACAGAAGACCUAUGAGGCGAUCAGCAACUUCACCCAGUCCAGUAGAUCUCUCAGUACAAAAAUCCAAAUCCCAACGAGCUAUUGGCAUACAAGCUUCACCRCAUGAAAUGCGGCUUGCUGUUUCAUCUGCUAAAGCAAGUAAAGGUUUACCGUCUCGACCUAAGCGAGGUUCAUCUCCYCCAAGACCUGGCAUUGGAAUCGCUAGAAAUGCUACAAAAUCAGGAAAAAAAGACAAACCACAUCAAGAUGAAUAUGUAGAGUUUUUGAGAAGUGGUGUCAGGCCAGAACCACAAGUUGUUGUAAGAGCUGCACCUGAGCCAYUACCCCCUAUUUCAGCAGGUGAUAUGCUCUUAGGAAGAACCUCAAGUUAUCAUGGUAUGUCCAGGGGUCAGUCUUCUCAACAACUGCAAGAUGAUGUGGGUAAAAUAGUUGUUUCACCACUUGGUUCCCCUGAAAAGGGAUGGCGACAUAAAGAACAGUCUCCUCAGUCUCAUGGUUCCAAAAUGUAGUAUGUUUAAUGACAUAAUAAUGCAUUCAUAAAAAAACAGUCUAAAAGUUGAAUUCAAAAAUUGUAAAUAAGUGUGAAAAAUGUGAAGCUGCUAACAUCAAUCAUUAUUGUGCUAUUGUCUAGUCUUUAAAUGAAAUAAAGAUUUGAAGGAA